AGCUUUAUAGGCCAACUGGAGGGAACCUGGGCAGUGGGCACAUUUUCACCCCUGAGUCUGGUUUGGGAGUAGGUCGGGAGAGGAAUGAGGUGGCCUAGGGGAAGAUGCUGAGGGGAUGGCCUACCUCAGCAAGGGUAGGAGGCAGCUCCGGAAAGAGACCCCCAGCGGACCCUCUGAGGAAGGGACACGAAUUCCAUCCUCCCCACUCCCUCCAGAGAACCCCCAUGCUCACUCCUGUCCACCCUCUUCAUGGCCUGCCUGCUGAGGCCUCCCCAACUUGGCUGGAGCUUAUGACUGUCCCCUUUGAUGUCCUUCACUUCCUGGGACCCUCUGGGAGUCACAGAUGGUUCAGUGGGAAGAACAGAAGGCUGGAUUUCAAGAAGACGGAGGACCAGGUUUCAAAUCCUGACUGCUCCAUGGUGUCUGUGUGACUUUGGGCAAGUGACCUCAAUGCCUUCAUCUGUAAAACAAGAGGGGCAGACUAGGUGGGCUAGGAGGUCAGUUCCAGCUGCUCCUCUUUGCUCCUUCUUGGCCCAAGGUGCUUUCCAUAGCUGAGGCCCUUCAUAUCAUUCUAUCCUCACCGUCCCAUUGCUUUCAGGGGUACAAGCUCAGUUGUCUUGAGUCUGGAUUUGAACUCAGGAUUCCUGGUGCUGAGAUUUAGAGGACCCUCUGAUAGCUGGUCUGAUGUUCUCAUUUUACAGGUGAAGAAACUGAGGUCCAGCAGGUUAAGUGACUUGCUUACAACUCUGCAGGCAUAAGAAGCAAAGUGUGUUUUCCCCAAAGUCAUUUCCUAAAUCUGCAAAGUUAGUCAUUCUCCAGCACAGAUCCGGUCACCUUCCACACGAUAAUCUUCAGGGAUUCUCUGUUGCCUUUAGAAUGGAACCCCAAAUCCCCUGGCAUUCAAAGCUUCCCAUAACUUGCAGUCUUCCUUGGCCUUGCUCCACCACGUGGUGUUCUCAGACCAGCGACACCGGCCCCCAUUGCUCAGUGCUGGGCAUUUCCUCUGCCCGUCCCCAUCUCUGCUCCCUCAUGCCUUGGGCUUGCUUCGAGUCUCAACUACAAUCCUCUUUCCCACCCCACUCUUAAUUUUAUGACCUCCUCUCUGUUGAGCCCUCAAAUUUCUCCUGUUUUGUUUGUACAUAUUUGAUUAUUCUCUCCCCCAUACUAGGUGCUUAAUAAAUGCUUAUUGACUGACUGAAUUGGAACCCAAGUCCUUGUGACCAAAGCUGUUUCCUCCCCACUGGCCUGUCUUCCAUUUUCCUUCUCAUCUGUCUCCCCAUCUCUAAGGCUUAUCCCUGACACCUUCCUGCUUACUCACCACAUCUUGCUUCUCUUUUCAGCUGUCCUCCAUUUUAGUUUGCUUUUGUUUUGGUGUUAGUUCUCGCUGAGGUCCCUGGCACAGAACUCCAAGAAUGCCUCAGCACUAGAAGACCAGGGUAGCUUGCUGCUCUAAGUACUGGCUCCCCUCACAGAGACAGCAGAAUAGGUUGGACUCCUGUGUGAACUUGACCGAGCCCCUUGGCCCCUCUCUGGCGUUGGGUUCCUCCUCCAUAAAAGGGUGUGGAUGUGUGGGGAGGGGUUGGACCCGCUGACCUCAAAGUUCCUCUCUAGUUCUGUGGGCCUUUGGGGUUUUCCAACUGCUGUGGUGAAAUUGGGCAUUCUCCCCUGUCAUCUGUGUCGUUUGAAAUGUUUGGGGGGGUGCCUAUUUCUAUCCUAAGUUAUAGGGAACUUAGCUGGGGUUUCUAAUCUAUUGUUACUUAUAAAUUAGAGUCUACUGCACCUGUGGUCCGGAGGAGAGGCAGCCCUUCCACACUGCUCCAAGCUAAUUGGCUAGCAUCAUUCAAGUCUCUUGGUUUACUGGACUUGAGGGUGGUCCAUAUUAAAAUGGGCAGUAGAUGUUGAGGGCGGAGUCCAGAGAGCAGACCCUCUGUGGGGAAAGGCUUUCAGCUCCGCCUUUCCAAGACUCUUCUCUUUACCAAGACAAGAGCAUUGAGGAGACCGAGGAGGAAGGAAUGAUUUCUGGCUUUCUGCCCACCAGGUUUCAGGUAUCUCUCACGUUCAAGGAUGUGGCUGUGGACUUCACCCGGGAGGAAUGGAGAAGCCUGAGCUCCACUCAGAGGAACCUGUACCGGGACGUGAUGCUGGAGAACUAUGAGAACCUGGUCUUCUUGGGGCUUCCAGUUUCCAAACCAGAUGUUAUCUCCCAGUUGGAGAGAGGUCGAGUACCCUGGAUGCCAGAGGGAGAAGUCUCUGCAGGUGCUUGUUCAGAUUCUCUUCACCAUUAUGCUCAGUGUGAAAUCCCAGGCUCAUCUCCAAUGCGUGAUAUUGCCAGGGAACCUACAUUACAGCUAAGCCCACUAAAGGAUGGUCCCUGGUAUUCCAAGAUGGGAAAAGCUGGGGAGUGGAAUGUCAGGUUACAGAGACAGAAGGCUAAACAGGAGAAACAAUUUGGACAAGUAACAGUCAUUCACAGAAAAGCUUUGAAUAAGGGCAGUGUCCCUGACUACAGUCCAUUUGGAAGAAGUUGUAGUCUGCCAUCAGUCUUUGUUUUACAGUCAAAAGUUCCCACAGGAAAAAACCUCCAUAAAUGUGAUACACCAGGAAAGAACAUAAAACCAUUUUCAGACUUAAUUAAACGUAAUAGGAUCUCCUUAGGGAGUAAGCUUUACAAGUAUAAUAAAUGCAGGAAGCCCUUUAGUUAUCAUUCAGACCUCAUUCAGUUUUGUAGACUCCAUCCUGGAGAAAAGCUCUAUGAAUGUAAUGAAUGUGGCAAAACUUUCAGCAGAAGGUCAUAUCUUACGCAGCAUCAGAGCAUUCAUACUGGAGAGAAGCCCCACAAGUGUCAUGCAUGUGGGAAAGCCUUCAGUCGGUGGGGAAGUCUUACAGAACACCAGAGGAUUCAUACUGGAGAGAAGCCCUAUCAGUGUAAUGAGUGUGGAAAAGCUUUCAGCCAGAGGGGACACCUGAUUAAACAUCAGAGGAUUCACACGGGGGAGAAGCCUUUUCAAUGUAAUGAAUGUGGUAAAGCCUUCACUCAGAGAGGACAUCUUAUUGAUCAUCAGAGAACUCACACUGGAGAGAAGCCCUAUCAAUGUAAUGAAUGUGGGAAAGCUUUCAGUACAUGUUCUUCCUUUAUUAAGCAUAAGAGAAUCCACAUUGUAGAGAUACCCUUCAGUCAAUGUGAGAAGGCAGUCAGUCAAUGGGGAAGCCUUACUGAACAUCAAAGGAUUCAUACAGGGUCAAAGCCCUUUGAGUGUGAUGACUGUGGGAAAACAUUUAGUCAAAGGGGAAACCUUAAUAAACACAGGAGAAUUCACACUGGGGAGAAACCCUUUGCAUGCAGUGAAUGUGGGAGGGCCUUUAGCCAGAGUGGACACCUUACUGAACAUAAGAGGAUUCACACUGGAGAAAAGCCCUAUCAGUGUAAUGAAUGUGGGAAAGCCUUUCGGCAAAACUCAAACCUUACUCUGCAUCAGAGAAUUCACACUGGAGAGAAACCUUUUAAAUGUAAUGAAUGUGGGAAAACCUUUAGCCAUAGGACAUCUCUUAUUUAUCAUCAAAGAAUCCAUUCAGGAGAGAAGCCCUAUGAAUGUAAUGAAUGUGGGAAAGCCUUCAACCAGAGAGGAAAACUUACUGAACACCAGAGAAUUCAUACUGGAGAGAAACCUUUUGAAUGUAAGGAAUGUGGGAAAGCCUUCAGCCACAGGGGGAACUUUACUGAACAUAAAAGAAUUCAUACUGGAGAGAAACCAUUUGUGUGUAAUCAAUGUGGAAAAGCCUUCAGCCACUGGUCAUCUUCAAUUUAUCAUCAGAGGAUUCAUAAUGGAGAGAAGCAACACAAAGGCAACAAACGCGGAAAAGCCUUCAGUCAAGGGGGACAUCCUCUUACCCAGCAGAGAAUUCACCCUGGGGAGAAAACCCCUCCAAUUUAAUUAGUGUGGAAAAGCUUCUAGGACCAGCUGAACCCUUUGAAAGUAUCAGGCCAUUCAUGCUCGAUUGAAAUGACCAUGGAGAUCCAUGGUGGGGCAUCUCACCACAUGAGACUUCAGGCUAGACAGUCCCUUGAAGACUCUGAUAACAUUGAUAAAGUUUCAUAAAGAUUUGUCAUUUGUCACAUAUAGAGAUUCCAAAUGGCAACAUUUGGUGCAUAUGUUUGGUGUUUUGAGAGGUAGAAAUACUGUCCUCUCUAUGAUGUCCCUGUCCUCUCUAUGAUGUCCCUGUCUUCUGUCACUGCGGGGAGGCACAUUGCCUAAGUAAGGUCAGCAUGGGAGGCUGAUGCAGGAUCUGAACCAGCCCCUAGCUUAUAAGAUUAAAACCAGUCAUUUGGUGUUCCUUUUUGUUCUAAACUUUAUAAUAGUAAACAAAACACUCACACUCAUGACAAAAAUAAAUGCUCAUGGGUGAAAUUAUAAAUUCCAUUGUUUAAAGUUUGUUAAGCAUUUAACAUCUUAUAUUAACUGUGACAAGAUGGAAACAAACAACCACUGGCUUUCUGGUCCCCUUCAGAAUGCCUUUUCUUCUUGUGAGCACACUGAUAUUCCAUUACAUUCACAUAUCCAGAUGUGUUUAACCAUUCCCUCAAUCAUAAACAUGUUUUGUUUCCAUUUGGAGCUAUUAGGACUAAUGCCCCCAUCAGUGUUUUUUGGUAGCCUUUUUUUCUCUAUAAUGCCCUGAGCAUUAUAGAACUAAAUUUAAUCAGUCAAGGAAUAAUAACACUUUUGUAGCAUCUGAUGCUUGUUUUACAUUGCUUUCUAGAAGGUUUGGACCAGCAUACAUAUGUACUAUCACUGUAAUUCUGUGCCUAUUAUGAACUUAACAGUUCCAUCAUUGUUGAAUUUUUUAUCAUUUGAUUGAACUAUCUUUGCCAAUUUAAUGGGUCUAAGGUAAAUUUUGAAGUUAUUUAAUUUAUAUUUCUCCAAUUAUUAGAGUUGGAACAAAUUUUAAACCCAAAUUAUUAUUUUGCAAAAAUAAUUAACCUUUCAAUUUUCAGAGUAA